AUGUCUAGCGAUUCCAUUUCUACCCAGUCCACUGUGACAGGGGCGGCGAAUUUCCUCGAGGCUUUGUAUGAUGCGGGCACACGAUACUGCUUUGUCAACCUUGGGAGCGAUCAUCCAGCGCUGUUGGAAGCAAUGGCAGCUUCCAAAUCAGAUAAGACGAGGAGAAUACCAACAAUCAUUACCUGUCCGUCAGAGCUAGUUGCAUUGUCAGCCGCGUUGGGUUAUGCCCAAGUCACCGGUACCGCUCAAUGUGUCAUUGUACACGUCGAUUGUGGCACUCUUGCCAUGGGGCAGUCGAUUCACAAUGCGUCUGUUGGCCGUGUCCCAGUCCUGAUGUUCGCUGGAUUGAGUCCAAUUACACAGGAGGGCGAAAUGCUCGGGUCCCGGACUGAAUUCAUUCACUGGAUCCAGGACGUACCGGAUCAAGCUGCAAUUGUCCGACAGUAUUGCAGAUAUACAGCAGAAGUCCGGGUCGGCCACAACAUCAAGCAGCUUGUCAAUCGAGCGAUUCAGAUUGCCACGUCGGACCCCAAGGGGCCUACAUACUUGACAGCCUCGCGAGAGGCUCUUGAACAGGCCAGUCAAAUCGAAAUCAUCGGAAAGUCGUUGCUGGGAGCGUCACGUCCUCUGGUGAUAACAGGCUACCUCGGUCGGAACGUUCGGGCGCCACCACUGCUCGAAGCUCUUUGCGACAAGUUGCCGAUUGAAGUAGUUGAGACCAUUGGCUCCGAUAUGUGCAUCAGCAGCAAUCACGAGGCAUACAGAGGAGUCACAGUGUCAACUCAUCCUCUCGUACCGAGCGCCGAUGUGAUCCUGGUGCUGGACUGUGAUGUACCGUGGGUUCCAACACAAGGGACUCCUUCUAAAGUUUUCUACAUCAAUGCGCACCGAAGGUACACCGUGUCCUGCGAGCUCGCCCUUAAACAACUCAACAGGUUUCUCGACCGCCAGAAUAUAGAUGCCUCGAAGCUUGUUGGCCGUUUCGAGGCGAGACGCACCAGAUAUCAAGAAUGGCGAGCCAGUCUGUUAUCGCUGGAGGUCCCUGCUGGAGAUGGCAUCGUUCGAGUCCCACACUUGAUAUCUCGUCUACGAGAAUCUCUGCCCCAGAAUACCACCGUGGUCAUUGAAGCUGUCACAAAUGCCAUUUCAGUCAUUCAUCAUUUGAAUCUCACCAAGCCAGGGAGCCUCUUAGGAACGGGCGCCGGUGGUCUCGGAUGGCUUGGAGGUGCAGCAAUGGGCGCGAAGCUCGCAAAGCCAAAUGACAUGAUAUGUGCAAUUGUUGGUGACGGCACGUUUCUAUUCUCGCAAAUGGAAAGUGCCUUCUGGAUCUCGAAGCGAUAUGGCAUACCUUUCUUGCUGAUCGUGCUAAACAACGGUGGUUGGAAUGCACCAAAGGUGUCAGCACUUCUCGUGCAUAAGGACGGGCUUUCAUCGAGACAUAACAGAAAGGACCUCAAUCUCUCCUUCGAGCCGUCCCCUGACUAUGCUACCAUCGCCGCUGCUGCAGGCAACGCCUACGGAGCUCUCAUUGAGACAAAGGACCAAGUGGAGCCGGUCCUAAAGGAGGCCAUCAAGACUGUGCAGAGUGGAAAGUCUGCUGUUGUUGAAGUCAGGUAG